UGUUUUUUUUUUUUUUUCUUUUUUCCAGCUCCAGGAGACAAAAGAUGAGCUCUACCCUUUUUUACUGGUUCACUCGCUCUCUCUCUCUUUCACAUUCUUCUUCCUUCCCUCCGUUACUGCCACAAACAGAAAAAGGGAGGGAUUUGCUGUAGCGGAGAGAGAAAAAGGGAGGGAGGGGGUUAGGAAGGCAGAACGGAAGGGUUGAGAGAGCGAGCGAGUGAGAGAAAGAGAGAGAGUGAGUGAGGCGGGGUGCACACGAGUAUGUGCUGCGAGCGAGCGAGGCGAGGAAGCCGCCGCCAUAUGCCGAGUGGAUUCUACAUGCGAAAACCAUGGGAAGCUCGCAUCUCCUCAACAAAGGCAUGCCUCUAGGCAUCAGGCCGCCCAUCAUGAACGGACCCAUGCACCCGCGCCCCCUGGUGGCGCUACUGGACGGGCGCGACUGCACCGUGGAGAUGCCCGUCCUGAAGGACGUGGCCACCGUGGCCUUCUGUGACGCCCAGUCCACACAGGAAAUCCACGAGAAGGUACUGAAUGAAGCCGUGGGAGCGUUGAUGUAUCACACCAUCACUCUGAUGAGAGAAGACCUGGAGAAGUUCAAAGCGCUCCGAAUCAUCGUUCGCAUCGGCAGCGGCUACGAUAACAUUGACAUCAAAUCUGCUGGUGAACUUGGAAUCGCAGUUUGUAACAUGCCAGCUGCCUCAGUGGAGGAGACGGCCGACUCCACGCUGUGUCACAUCCUCACCUUGUACCGCCGCACUACGUGGCUGCAUCAGGCUCUCCGCGAGGGCACACGGGUCCAGAGCGUGGAGCAGAUCCGAGAGGUGGCUUCGGGAGCGGCGAGGAUCCGAGGGGAGACGCUGGGACUCAUUGGACUGGGUCGAGUGGGCCAAGCCGUAGCCCUGAGAGCAAAAGCGUUCGGCUUCAACGUGAUUUUCUACGAUCCCUAUUUGGCGGACGGCGUGGAAAGAUCCUUGGGCCUUCAAAGGGUCACCACGCUACAGGAUCUCCUCUUCCACUCCGACUGCGUGUCGCUGCACUGCAGCCUGAACGAACACAACCACCACCUCAUCAACGACUUCACCAUCAAGCAGAUGCGUCAGGGGGCCUUUCUGGUCAACACAGCCAGGGGGGGUCUGGUGGACGAGAAGGCCCUGGCCCAGGCUCUGAAAGACGGGAGGAUACGGGGCGCCGCCCUGGAUGUUCACGAGACGGAACCUUUCAGUUUCAGUCUGGGGCCACUGAAGGACGCCCCCAACCUGAUCUGCACGCCUCACGCCGCCUGGUACAGCGAACAGGCCUCGUUGGAGAUGCGUGAGGAGGCGGCCAGGGAGAUUCGAAGAGCCAUCACAGGUCGGAUUCCAGACAGUCUGAAGAACUGCGUCAACAAAGAGUUCCUGACUCAGAACAAUCACUGGACGGGGGUUGAACCAGCCAACGUUCACCCAGAGCUCAACGGAGCCUACAGGUACCCGCCCGGCGUGGUGAGCAUGACCGCCGGCGGCCUCCCGCCGCCCGUGGAGGGCGUCGUGCCCAGCGCGGUGCCCCUCGCGCACCCCCUCCCGCCGGCCAUCGCGCAUCCCCCGCACACCCCGUCGCCCGGACACAACACGGUCAAGCCGCCAGAGGGCGACAGAGAACAACAUCCAAACGAGCAGCUGUAGUUAAAAAAAAAAAAAAAAAAAAGCACGGCAGAAAAGUCCAGGAAGUAACUACUGAGUCCAAAAUGUACAGGACGUUGGCACAGUUGCCUGUUGACACUCCAAAGAGAGCCAAGAAGAUGACAGUGAUGGUCAGACAAAGGAAACACAGAGCUUGGAUGCUCAUCUGGCCUAAGACGCGAAAAAAAAAUAAGUCCAAAAUUUCCCAUUUUUCCCCCCCCCCCCCCAUCAUUUCCAAGGUGAAGCAGAAAAAUAUGUGCACAGUUUCCCAACCUUAAUUGAUCCAAGGUACAUAUUUUAAGAGUAAAAUACCACAGCAUACCACGACAGAAAAAUGUCACAAAAGUAUACAGUACAUUGUGAUUACCUUGACUUACAAGUGACCCAACAUAUGAUUUUUAUGAGAUAAGCGUGACCUUAAACUUAGUGAAAAAAAAAAAUCACAGUAAUAAUAGUAAAAUAAUAAAAUUAAUAGCGAAAUAUAGGCCACAAAAUUUUAAAUCCGUAUUACCUUCCGCAGUAAAUGAAGUGUCUUCAAUGAGUACUUUUAUUUAAUAUGGAUUUAAAAUUUUGUGGCCUAUAUUUUUGAAAAUUCUGGCUCGAAUAAAAGUUUCAAUUAAGAGCUUUACUUCACCGCCACUCAAGUUAAAAAAACAAAAACAAACAAAAAAAAAAAAACAACAGCAAACUGAAAAAUGAAGGUACAGGGAGUCCUCGGUCUACCACUGAGAUCUGUUCCUACACAGCAGCGACUUAACUUGAAUUUCGACUGAAGUUGGAUUCCACCAUUAAAGUCAGAAUUUACAUCAAAAUACUUUGCAUAAAAAAUCAAAUACAGUGGUGCCUCGGUUCUCAAACACAAUCCGUUCCAGAAGGCCGGUUGAAAACCGAAACGUUCAAAAACCAAAGCGCGUUUUCCCAUUACGACGCAUGGAAAACGAAAUAAUGCGUUCCAAGCCUAAAAAAAAGGUUUUUUAAAGCAUUUUUUUUUAGCAGACAAGACGGGGGACAGGCGUAAAGUCGAAACCUCUUAACCCAAGGACUCCCUGUACUUUGAUGCCCUCAUGUGUGGGAAAGGGGAGCCGCAGUCACCCGUGCACCUUCAGCCGUUUGCUUGGUCACAGAACAAAUUUAACUCGUAAGUCAAGGUACCGCCGUAUACUGCAGUAACGUCUCAAUUUACUCACAAAUAGUGCGAAAUACGGCCGUCUUCAGUUGAACACAAAUCUAUUCUGCCAUCAAUUAAAAGAACAUUAGUAAAUCAGUACAUUUGGUACAAAAUAAAUGAGGUUGGGAAAGUUUUUGCUGGCGAGAAGAUGCUGGAAGCUUAUUUGCGAAUUUUCCUUAACAACAAGCCACCUUGAAGCAGAAGCAGCUUUUAUUUUUUAUUUUUUUGCACACCACCUCAGGAACGUCCGUUUCUGCAGUCAGCUGCCGUCUCCCAUCGACGUCAUUCCCUCACGUUUUGUGCUUCUUUUUGGCGUUCUUCGGAAAUGCUUGCCUUUCGUUCGAAUGUGACGCUCUUCGGUUGUUUGCUGUGCUUUGAACGGAGCAUGCCAUUUACAGGGUCGGGGGUGGGGGGGGGGGGGGUCAAAAUGGUUCGCUCGGAGUUGAUAUUUUUUAAAUUAUGUGGUUGGGAAGACGCAACGCGAUGCACUGAGACUUUGUAAUGUAGCAGACAAAGAACUGAACAAAAACGUGUUCAGUGCCGCCACCCCUACCCGAACCCCGCCUUCUUGAAACCCUAAUUUGAAACAUGAACCCUGAAUUUAAACCCUACUUUGAAACAAUAACCCUUGUUUGAAACCCUAAACCGGGCGUGAAACUCUUAGCAUGAAACCCUAAAAUGUGUAUGUAACGCAAAAAUAGUCCCCAACUUGUCCCUCCCGCUCCCACGAGACCCCCACAAGUGAGCAAACUCACACAGGAGCUGCUGUCAGCCACAGCUCAUCCCUAGACACUCACAUGCAGACUUCAUACGCCACCACAACCUGGCCCCACCUCUUAAAAACACAUGAACAAAGAUACUACAAUACAUUUUUUUCUAUGUAUAUUUUUUAGGCUUGCAAGUGUUUUGUGUUUAAAUACGACGUGUUUAAAAAGUGCAUUUUGAUAAAUGAGGGUGGGAUAAACGGGGCUUCACUGUACGGACGGGGCUUCCAUUUCGAACGCAACAGCCGUAUAAAUCAGCACAAGGGUGAUCCAUCUAACAAUUUUCGGAGCCGCUUAUCCUCACAAAGCGUAGCGGGAGUGCUGGAGCCCAUCAUUGGGCAGGAGGGGGAGUACACCCUGAACCGGUUGCCAGCUAAUCGCAGGGCACAUAUAAACGAACAACCAUCGGCACUCACAUUCACAUCCACAGGCAAUUUAGAGUCUUCAAUUAACCAUCGGCACUCACAAUCGCACCUACGGGCAAUUUAGAGUCUUCAAUUAAUGUACAACGCACGUUUUUGGGGGGAGUGGGAGUUAACCGGAGUGGCUGGAGAAAACCAAUGUCGGCACGGGGGAGAACAUGCAAACUCCACACUGGCAGUGCCAGAAUUUGAACCCCGGUCUUCAGAACUGUGAGGCAGACGCUCUAACCCAAAGGUGUCAAACUCGAGGCCCGGGGGCCAGAUCUGUCCCGCCACGUGAUUUCAUGUGGCCCGCAAAGCCAAACGUAGAGUGUUGAUUUCCGGGAUUCUUGUAAAAAAUUGUAUCAAAAUUUCGAAUCGUCAUACAUCAUAACUGAUUAAUAGUUGAGAUAGUACAAGCAUUUUUGUGUGAGCAAACGUGAAUAGUUGAAAAACACAUUACCCUUGAUUUCUGAUUCCAAAACUAGUUAAUAAAUUGGUGAUGGAGAUAUGAUGAGAUGUUGUUUCACAGUCAUAACGGCCGUCAAUGUGGCCCGCGAGAAAAAUGGGUUUGACACCCGUGCUCUAACCAGUCUGUCCACCGUUUCCUUCAAAAAAUCAAUCAGACCUUACCCUGAUUCCUUGGUUACUCUGAAGCAUUUUUUUUAACAAAGCAACAGAGUGAAUAGCACAACGCUCCCUUUAACAUUUCAUGAUGGGUCCUUACUCAGUGUACCGUUUGGCCACCGUCGUGUUGUCAGUGUCUGCGUGUGUGUACAUAGAGUGGUGGUGGUUUUUUUUUUUAAUUUCAUUGCCUGCCUGUGUCAUUGUGACUCGUUUGUAUCUAUCCGUGUGUAAAAAUGCAGCGCUGCGAGCGGGAGUGCGGGGUUCCUGAAGGCGUCGUCAUUGAGGCUGCGUUCGCGCGCCGGUUGAAAUGAGCUCUGGUGCUCCGCUAGUGCGUUCGUUUGGUCUCGUGUUAAGUUACAUUGACAGGCCCGAACACGGUCCGAGACUUUCAUUGCGAUUCAAUACUAAACAGCAGCCGUGCGUGGGACUAGAUCUCUUUAUUCUUGCUGUGUUUCUUUGUUAUUUUUCUCGAGGCAAACGAGUGACAAUUUCGAGGGGUUUCCCAGUCUUAAAAUCGAAAAACUACCCGAACGUCAUUAAAUUCUGGGGAGGGAUUCAGCCACUAAAGCAAGUUUAACCUAGAAAAGUGAAAUCUGGUAGGUUGUCUACGAUGCCUCAAAAAAAAAAGUCUAAGGAAAGCAAAUUUCACCUAGAAAAGUGAAAUUUGUCUACAAUGCCACUGAAAAAAGUCAAAGGAAAGCAAGUUUAACCUAGAAAAGUGAAAUCUGGUAGGUUGUCUACGAUGCCUAUGAAAAAAGUCCAAGGAAGCCAUGCUAGGAAAAACAAUAUCUGCCAUUUUGCCUUGAAUCAGCAUUUUAUCCAUUUUCAGUCCUCUUUCAUGAGCAAACUUUGCGCCAAACAUUCAGAUUUUUAAUCACAUAUAGCGGACCUAUGGGCAAUGCUAAAUUGAAAAAUUUUUACGAGUAACUUUCUUCCGUUGCGCGUUGGCGGAGCAUGGCGGCAAAGUUUCAUGACGUCACCAAACUUAUGUGACGACAAUACUGCCAGCCUAGUUCCGGUCGACUAGCGAAAAUGUAUCAAUACAAUAUUUCCACUCGUGAGUCCUCGCAUUUAUAUUUCCUUGCAGGUUUAAUUCUUAUCGUUUUUUAGAGUCCCACAGUUUACACAGAAAAAAGCGAAAGGUUGUGAGUUUGAAUCUGGAAGUUUUUCGAGAGUGACAGUGCUUUCAGGAUCCCACUCCAGAUCCAGCGUCUCGAGUAGUAAACGGUUCACUGUUGCCUACCCGUCCCCCCUUCACGUCGAGGUAGCGAGCGCGGCGAUCAGGGAUGGAUAUUUCACACGGGUGUUGCAGACUCCGAUCUACCGAACCGAGCUGAGUGCCGAGUUCUCGUUGGGCCAAAAUACCGAAUGUGCACGUUCUAGGGCCUUGGGAAUUCUGCGAGGAAUUCCGAUGAACGACACAUUCCUCACAAAAUGCCUAUCGACUUGACCGUUUCCAUGGCAACCUUCGCAGAAAGUGUUCCUCGUUUAAGAACGAAAGCGCACUUUGAAAUUCUAUCCCUGGUACGCAGUCCACUGUUGCCUACCUGUUUUGUCCUCUUUAUAGUUAAGUAGUAGGCGUAGCAGUAUACAGUACAUAUACAUAUAUAUAUAUAUUCUAUAUUCUACAGUAAAUAUUAUUUUUGGUCAAAAGCCCUGAGGAAAGAUAUGUCUGUGACUGUAUGCAUUUGUAUGAAUACUUUUAAAAGGAAAUAAACCCGUAAAAGAUGCGGUUUGAUCGGUGUCUGGUCUCAAUAUCACUGCAGUAGUGGUAAUGGUAAUUACGACGACGAAAACAUUUAUCAUGUCGUAAUUUUAAAAAUGUUCAAAAGCUAUAGCUUUUAAAAGGGGAAGGCCACUCAUUGAAAAUAAUGGAUCACAUAGGUCAUGUCAUUGGUACUGUAAUUUUAAAAUAAAGAUUUUCAUCAGAUAUCAUUUAAGGUUGUUUAUAUCAGCAAUUCUGAAUGUUCCCGGUCGCUGACAUUUUGGCGAGUCAUAUGACCUGCGUGCGCGGAUGUGACGUGUCAUGUGUUCAACCCGAGGCUCGGUUACGUUCCGACACAGUUAUUGUCAGCGCUGAUUUCUCGGAUUUAUCCUCAUAUGAAGAAAUAGAAGUAUCGGUCGAUCGCGAAGACGGAGGAAUACGUCCAUACAGAUUUGGCCCCGGGGGCCUUUGUUUACGCGCUUAUGUCCGCGUCAAUCCCGUCUGAAGAACCAUCCAAAUAUUCAACAUUAUUGACAGCCACAGGUUCAGAUUAAUUGGACACUCUAAAUUGCCCCUGGGUGUGAUUGUCAGUGCGGCUGUUUGUCUUGAUGUGCCCUGUGAUUGGCUGGCAACCAGUUCAGGGUGUACCCCGCCUCCUGCUCAUUGACAGCUGGGAUAGCCUCCAGCACUCACGCAACCCUCGUCAGGAUAAGCGGCGAGGAAGAAAAGAAGGAGGAUAGAUGGAAGGAUAUCAACAUAGGCAAUUCAUAGACACGGUGGGGAAGUUUCAGUUACACAGUUUUUUGUUGUUCACGCCAGGGCUUCACUGUACCGUAUUUUCUGCACUAUAAGGCCCACCUAAAAGCCUUUCAUUUUCUCAGAAGCCGACGGUGCGCCUUAUAAUCCGGCGCGCCUUAUAUGUGGAUCAAUAUUGAGCCUUUAGUGCAGCUCCAUCUCAUGGAUACAUAACGUAACCCCAGCCUCUACUGUAGCGUCUAUUCUAUGCGCCUUAUAUAUGAAAAAAAAAUUGAAAUAGGCCAUUCAUUGAAGGUGCGCCUUACAAUGCGCUGCGCCUCGUAGUACGGAAAAUACAGUACUUUAAAAGGUAUGUGUGCAGUUUCUGAAGGUUAAAAAAAAAAAGCCACAAGGAUGUAAACAUGUAGCAAAACAAGUCUGAUAAUCAAGUUCAUAUAAGCAGCAUUAAUGUGGUGGACCCCCCCCACACACACACGAUUGGCUCACCUCUCCCAAGGUUACUUUCAGCCACUGGAAAAAAAACUUCUCACCAGCUGGAAACUCAAGAUGCAUUUCAGCUAAAAAAGAAAACAAAAAAACAAAAAAUAAGCCACCGUGAGCGCAAUGGGAAACAGAUGCAUGCAAAGAGUGCUUUUUUUUUUUCGGCGUCUGCGAGGGGGCAGCGUGCAACGAGGCCUUGGAGGAGAUCAAAAGCUAAAAACAAAACAGAUGGGAAGCGAACACAAGAGAUUUAAACACCUCUACAGUAUGUGUUGUCAAGUAAUCGUUGACGGUACGCUAAUAAAUGAUAUUACACAUCUCUAUGUAUUGUCAAACAAUGGUCGCCAACGAUGAUUGAAAUGAUUUUGGGCUUUUGGAAGAUGUGGUAAGGUGAUUGUAAUCCUUGCCUCGACUUCAGGAAAUACUGCUGUGCUGCACUUGGGGGGAGGCUCUGGAUCGUUAAUCCAGGUUAUGGCUCGAAUAAUGGCGUUCCGACACUGUUAAGCCUUCUAUAAAGCGUCGUCUUAACAUUCAUCAAGAUGGAAACACCAAAACGUUUACUGACGUUUUUUUAUCUUAUUGUGUAUGAAUGCUCUCAGCAAUCUGAAAUCUGAAAAAAAAAAAGAAUACUGUACAAAAGUUCAGUUCGGUUUCUUUGGAGGCGAGUUGUACCACAGAUGACAUUGGAUUCAUCUAAAUCAGGGGUGUCAAAGUUAUUUUUACAGCUAAUUUGUGCAUUUUUUUUUCCUAACGGCCGCAAGGGGGCACUCGAGUGGAAAAUGUAAAAAUGAGACCGGUGGAAUAUAUGUGCCGAGGAAGUGAAGUUUACCAGCCCUGUUAGCGCUCUGCUAGCGUGUUGCUGCUGUUUUACUGGCGUGUCUCAGUGAUAUUUACUGGUAAGUUUUACUUUAACCGGCCCUGUUAGCGUUAAACUCUUUCUGUGUACCGUCUUUCUUGUAAAUAGCUCAUAUUUCAAUGUGGGUUUCAAUGUGGGCACUUGCGGCUUUUACAAAGCUGCGGCGUACAUAUGUACCAAACGGUAUUUCCUUUACAAAUGUACUCUGUGAGACUUGUAACCAGGUGCGCUUUGUAGGCCGGGAAUUACGGUACUUUUUAAAUCAGAAGACAAGGAUAAUAAUUUGUUCAAGUUACUGUAGAAACACAGUUAAGUAACAGCGGUUACCUCAACAUUAUUGUUUUUUUAUGACAAUCUGGAAUUUGAGCACAGAUUUGAGCGAAAAUGACCGAAGUUGACAAACGCGAUUUGGUUUCAUGGGCCACGUGUAAUGAUGUGGCGGGCCGCAUCUGGCCCUCAGCCCUUGAGUUUGAUACCUACAAUCAAAUUGGACAUUUACUAAGUGCUUUGAUAUGCCAUCCAUGGUCUUGUAUUGAAAAAAUGCCAAUGUUUCAAACUAUAGACUUGAAGACUAAUAAAAGAAAU